GCCAGCUCCAGCAUGCGUGUCUUCCUCUCUGCUGUUUGGUGGCUUUGUGUCUGAAUGCAACGCCUCGCUCUGAUCUCCAGCAUCUUCUUCUUCUUCUUCUUCUUCUUCUUCAUCUAGCAGCUCGUUCAGCACCGCACCGAGAGCACGCAGCAGCCGGUCUUCAUUCUGGAGGGAAAGACCCCAGUCGAGUCCAGCAGGGGGGAUGGAGGAGACGGGGAGGCUGGUUCCCUUAUCCCCGCCGCCCUGUCUCUGACCCAGGCAGAGAUCCCCGGACCCUGGCAGAGCGAGAGCCUGCUGGCCGAGUCCUGGUCCACAAUGGGCGACGUGGACCCAGAGGACACCAAUAGCCUGGACAGCAACGACGAGGUGGUUCUGGUCCACCUGGAGCGAGAGGAGGCCGAGAUGCUCGAGGAGGCGAGGAGAACGGAGGAAGAGGAGGAAGACGACGACGAGCUGCAGACCAGCGCGUUGAGCAUUUUAGGAGGGGAGAGGGAGCUGGCGGAGCUCAGUGAGGAGGAGCAGGACCUCCACGCCCCAGAAACUGGGGCGCUCCUGGUGUCAGCGGAGGAGCCUCGCGUGCAGAAGAGGCCUGCAGAGUUCAGGCACGUGGUCCCCCCGAUGGCGCUGCCUCUUCUGCCGGUCGUCAAGCUCGAUCCCCCCUCCACCACGUCCACCCCGGUCCCUUCCACCAUCACCUCCGAAGCCGAGGAGCUUUACUCCACUCAGGGGCUCCAACCUCCAUCUAUCCUUGACCAGGUGGCGGCGGAGCCUCCGACGUCAGAGAGGCGACUCGAAUUCUCACAGGUUGCCCUCUCGGACGUGGAGGAACAUUCAGUCCAGUCCUCUGAAGCGGCGGCACCGCAGCCCACUGCUCCCAAGACCCCCAAGACUCCCGAGCCUCUGAGCUCCACCGGGCUGCUGUGUGGAGGCGCCGCUUUGGUCGCCGUACUGGGAGUAGUGGCGUACGGUGCUGUGGCCUACUGCCGAAAGUAGUGCCCUUCAACCCCGAAUCUCGCUCGCAACACAGGUUUUCAAAUCUAUUCCGAAUGAAAAUAUUCCACUUUAAUUCUGGAUUUUACUCUCUCUCUCUCUCUCUCUCUCUCUCCCCCCCCCCCCCUCUCUCACUCUCUCUCUCGCUCUUUGUAUUGUUUUGUGCUACCUCAGCUCAUGGCCUUUUUAGUUUUUUCUGUAUUCAAGAAAAAUCUCCGAUCUCCGAGAUUGUAAACCCCGGGAAUGUAAAAUCACGUGAAGGUGUAGAAUUUUAAAGAAUCCUGAAACUUGAAA